AUGAUUGCUGCUUCCCAAGACAUUGACUAUUUCAUAGAACGUCAGAGAUCCAAACUUAACAAAGUACCUAAUCGACAACAGGGAAACCGACAGCAAGGAAACAGACAACGUCCAGCAGCGCCACCACCACCACCUCCUCCACCUCAAUCGUUUCCAUCCACAAAUUUUGAAGAUCGAUUAGACGUUAAAGUUAAUCGAAUUCUGGACGAACCAUCACCUCGUAUUCAAUCUCAACAACCUUAUUAUCCUCCUUCACCACGUCCAAUUAUUAGUAGUCCUUUUUCUGAACAACAAACAGUUCCUUUCGGUUUUGAACAAGAACAACUUCGUUUGUCAAAUGAUAGCGGAAAUAAUAAUGAAUUUGGAUUUUUUGAUCGAUUUGGAAAUCAUGAUGAACAACGUGCACAACUCAAAGAUGAUUUAAAACGUGAAUAUAAUGAUUUUUUACGAACUCAACGAAGUGUUUCCAAAAAUAAGUCAACAUCACAAAUUGACUCCUCACGUGGAAAUACAACUCGACGUGUACAAUUUCAACAAGAUGGAAUUGUUGUUGCACCAUGGGAAAAAACUGAUAAGAAAACAACGAAAAAUCUUUCAAAUACGAAUGAUAUAUUUUCAUCAUCAGCAUCAACAGCGACAACAGAAUAUACAACAAAUCGAGCACGAUCACGUCUAUCACAAAAUCAUGACGAACAAUAUAUUCGUGAUCGUGAAGAAUAUAUUUUAGAAUUAUAUGAACAAAUACGUGAAUUAGAAGCAAGAAAAAGACAAUUAGAAUUGGUCCUUCUUAUAGAAAGUACUAAACUAUCUACCGGUAACUCAUCAAGUGUUACUCGUGCACAUUAUGCUGAAGAUUUAACUGCAUUAAAUACAUUACUUGCCGAACGGUUAAAUCAACGUAAUGCAAUUGAUCUUGAACUUGCUCGAAUACUUAAUCGUCCACCUGUUGCUACAAGUUCAGCACCAAUCAUUACAGGUGGUGGUGUACCAGCUUUGAAUAUGUCAUUUGAACAAUCAAAUCAACAAAAUAAUGAUAAUCGUUAUCGACAACAAUAUCGAAAUGAUAGUCGAUCAAAGCGAAAUAAUGACAAUGGUUUUCAAAUUGGUAAUGAAACCGAUAAAGAAGCUGAACAAGCAGCAAAAAAACGUUAUCAACAAGAACUUCAAGCACAAAUGCGUGAAAAACAAAUGAGAAAAUCACAAGCAAAACAAGAAAAAGAUGAAUAUGAAAGAAAAUUAGAAUCAGAAAUAAAUCGUUAUAAUUAUUUUGGUCGAAGUGGUGGUGGUGCACCCAUGCGUGAUAAAGAUGGUAAUGUUAUAGCUAAUUUAGGUGAUCUAAGAAAUCCACAACAACAACAACAACAAUAUCAAACACCUCGAUCACAGCAACCAUAUACAGCUAUUGAUGAUAAAGUAUAUUCGUUAGGAGUUGGUGCAAGUUCAAUUACAAAUGCACCUUUUUAUAAUGGAGAACCACAAAAUUUAUUAAACUCGGAUCGUUCUGGUUCACCAAAUCAUGCUCGUGGUGCUGUUAGUAAUGGCAUAUUUGGUACAAUUAAAACUGAAGAACAAAUAAUGCGUGAAGAAAAAUAUAAACAAGAUUUAAAAAAACAAAUCGAUGAAAAACGUCAACGAAAUGCUGAAGAAUUAGCUCGACGUCGAGCUGAAGAAGAACGUGAACUUGCUAAACAUGCCGAAUGGCAACAACAAAUGGACAAACAAAUGGCUGACGAAGCAGCAAGAAAACAAGAAAAAGAAGUACAAGAACGUCAACAUCAACAACGUUUACAAGAAGAAUUAGAACGACAAAAAAAACAAGAGGAAAUUAUGAUAAAACGAAAACCAAAACGACAAGAAAAACCAAUGUCACCAAACAAUGAUGAAAAUGAUGCUGAUAGACAAAAUAGUUAUGAUGAACAACAAGAAGAACCUGUUUAUCGAAGUUCAUCACCACCAGUACCAACAUUAAAAAAUAAAGAUAAAAAACGAAAAUCAAAUAAUAAUACUGUACGACAUCAAUCAUUUGAUGAUACAAAUCAACAACAACUACCACCUAUCAAUGAUAAUGAUGAAUUUACUCAACCACCAAUCGAUGAUAAUGAUGAACAAGGUCAACAAACUUAUCGAAAAUUACCAACACCAAAACAACCAGAUGUACCACCAGCACGAAAAAAACUACCCCAAACACAUCGAUCUCGUCCUCAAGCAAAUUUUAACACUAGUGUUCCAUUACGUACAAAUUCAACUGCUUCUCUUCGAUCGGAUGGCUCAGAUUCUGAAGUACUUCAUCGUCUUGAACAUUUAAAACGACAAUUAAAAGAUAAAGAAGCACGUCUACAUCUACAUGCUAAAUCUGAAGCUGCACUUUUAUCCGAUAUAGAAGAACAAACAACAGUUUCCUAUCUACCUCCGUCUCAACCAUCUUUAUCACGUAAACAAAGUCCAGGAUAUUUACUUAAUACAAUGCAAGUUCCUUAUCGAAAUGCACCAUCAACACAUGAUAAAUUACUUCGUGUUCUUCAAACAGAUGAUGAUGAUGAAUUUAAACCAAGUUAUUUUCGUGAUGAUUCAAUUUUAAUGCGUGGUGGUGGAGGUGGAGGAAUUACUGGUGGAGAAUAUAUUUCACCAUCAAAACGUGUUGAUUUAGUUGAUGGUAUGUUUGUUACAGAUAUAGAAGAUGCUGCUAGACGAAGGCGAUAUGGUUUUGAUCCACCAAAUUUUUAUGAUCCAAGUGAUCCAACAAGUAUGGCUAGUCUUGAAUUAAAUAGAAUUGCCGAAAAAAAUGAACAUCGUUUAAAAAAAUUGCGUGAUCUCGAAAAAGAUGAUACGUCUUUAUUAGAUAGUAACGAAGUACUUGAACGCUUUCAACAAAGACAACGAUUACAAGGACGUGGCAGUCAAACCACUCUACAAGAUGAUGCUUGGCUUAAAUAA